AUGAUGUUUCUAUUCGUCCUCCUCCUUGCUGUCACUGUCAGUGGGAAGUCAUUGGAUCUCACAAAGGUUAAUAUCGACGAUCUUUCACCUGACGCCCAGAAACCCGUCUUCCGUGGUGCUUCUUCCGCUGAAGAGGAUGAUGAAAAUUUAUAUGAAGCAGACAGUGACGUUUUCGAAGAAGCAGGCGAUGAGCUUCCCGAUGAAAUGACUGAUAAACCUUCUGAUGAAGCAAAUGAUGAGUCAUCUGAUGAAGCGGCACCUGCCGAAUCAACAGAAGCCACCGAGGCUACACAAGUGUGUGGACAAGCCGAAUUGCAAGUCUCUUGCUCGCGAAGGAUUUUGCAAGAUGGAUUUCCCGGAUCGUAUCAAGAAGGCCAGUUGCCCGGUAGCGUGCGAUCUUUGUGA